UCCGGCCCCCGCCCCCUACCGGGCUCAGUCGCUCUUCGUGCUGAGACGCGCGGGCUCCCGCCUUCGGAUCGGACCUCUGUCUUUCGGGAGCUGGUUGUUAAUUCGGGGAAACAGGCAGCGGAAAGAGGAGCGAACUUUGGCAGGACAAUCAAUUCAAGACAUUCUGCCAAAAUGCUCCUGUUGUUGCUUGGGAUCAUUGUGCUGCACGUGUCAGUGCUUGUCCUUCUCUUUGUGUCGACGAUUGUCAGUCAAUGGCUCACUAGUGGUGUGCGUGUGACAGACCUUUGGCAGAACUGCACCUUGGGAUCACUCUCAGAUGUAUUUCAUUGUGCACAGUCAUCUCCAAAUGAAUGGCUACAAUCUGUCCAAGCAUUGAUGAUCCUAUCCAUCAUCUUCAGUGUUUUGUCUUUGUUCCUGUUCUUCUGCCAGCUCUUCACUCUCACUAAGGGCGGACGGUUCUACCUUACUGGCAUUUUCCAGAUUCUGGCUGGCCUGUGUGUGAUGAGUGGAGCUGCCAUCUUCACCGUGAGGCAGUCAGACUGGCAUCAGCCUUCAGAGAACCUCUCCUUCGGCUUCUCGUACAUCCUGGCCUGGGUGGCCCUCCCGCUGGCCCUCCUUAGUGGGGUGAUUUAUGUCAUUUUGAGGAAGCGUGAAUGAAACGUCAAGUGAGGCUGCGGAGAAUGGCGCACUUGGGACAAGGGGGUGUCCGAGAAUUAGAAAGUGGGAAAUGGAAUUUAACCAAAAAAAGUAAACCCAACAAGGAAAACAACAAAAAAGAAACCUAACUGAAAGAAGGGUUACCGUGUUCAUUGAAGAUGUAUAUAGUAUCUAUGGUUUUUAAAAAAACCUAUUUAUAACACUUUUUACAUAUAUGUACAUAGUAUUGUUUGCUUUUGUUUGUUUGACCUGCCACCAUGUUUAAGCCUAAAGAAAGUGCCUAGGAACUCUUACUCCUAACAGUACAUUUAGAGGGUUGUCCCCCCUCAUGCCCCUUCUGCUGUGGAAGCAAAUGGAUCCCUCCUCCAAAGCUUUCCACUCCCAACCCCAAGCCUGGCAUAAAUCAAUCGGAUGGGCAAGAAAUGCUGCUACUGCACUGGUGGUGCCUGAUGCCUUCAUUAGCCCCUGGUAAAUAAAUGAUGGAGACAAAUGUUAAGUGAAAAGGGGAAGAAUGUCUACCAGAAUGUAGAUGAUGCCUAAGACAAGGGUGAGAGAGCAGAGCCUCUAUGGCUCUUGGAAUGAUAGCCAGUAGGUGGUGUAAUAUGUGGACCAUAGUUUCAUUGUGGCAACCUAAAGUAAUGUUGUCACUUUCCCCCAUGCAUAGUCUCCAUGUUUGACACCCUGAACUCCUUGAAAGAAGAGCAGGAUAUAAAGGUCAUCAUCAAAAGUCAGUCCCAGAAGGGAAUGUCCUCUGCCAUUGCUCAUUGCAUGCGUUAAGUCCCAUAGAAGUAAGCAUGAUCUAGAAUACCCAAAACUAGCACUCAGGUUGAGUUAGAAGAAAGUGAGUAAGUAGAAUAAGAAGCAAUUUUUUUUAAAAAAAGUUGAUCAAGUCACUUUAUAACUAGUCCAAGUGGCUAUCCUCAGUCAUGCCUGUUGGGGUUGAUAAUGACCUUGGGGAAAAUGACAUUUUCUAUCCCUUUACUUGAGAAUAAGCUAAAGUAGAGAAAAUGAAUGAAACAUGGUAAGCUCUGAAUCCUCCUCCUUCACCAAUCUAUGAAAUUGAAUACCAAAUCUGUGAAAUGGUGCUAUCUAUUUACCAUUCCUUAUAUCGCUAAGCCGUUUAACCUUUACUCACUGGAAAGUCAGAUAACGAUUUAUGAAUAAACCAAGGAAUAGGAAUGAUAAAUAAUUCUGUGUAAUAUAUACAGCCUAUAACUGCUUUUGUACUUAGGAAAGUUGCUAUUAUUAUUAUUACUAUUAUUUUUUUAAUAAAGCAUUUAUAACCAAAGUGUCUCUCCCCCCGCCCCCCCACUCCCUCACAGCCAGGAGGGAAGCCAGUCUUCUAGACCCUGUUGGAUCUCCCCAGCUCCUCUGUAACCCUUUUCUGUACUUCCAAAAGUGUGUCUGGCAAUGAACUCUAUUGGCAACCGCAUGUAGAUGUGUAAGCGGUGCCUUUUGAUGCUAAGACUCCAGACAUUAUUAUACAAUUAUUUUGCUUUGCUUUUCUGAUUUUAUACCAACUGUGUGGACUAAGAAGCAACAAAAUAAAAGUCAGAAUAACUCAA